AUGUGGCACCUCUUCUGUCUUCGGUAUGUGCCGCGAGAACGUGGCACUUCUCACCUCAACUCAAAUUUCAGCAACCUUGAAAAUCUCCCACAAUAUUCCGAGAGCAUUUUCGCCCAGUGGCUGAAGACCAACGCGACGUUCACAGUUCAUGGGAAGACCUUGGAAGGAUGGACAAAAGAGCAGAAAGUCUACCUGAUGCCUGUACUGAGGGUGUUGGAUUUUCUCUCAGCCAUGCCAGACUUUAUCCUCCUGAUGCUUCUGAUGCUCAUCCAUUGCCCACCCUUCAUAAUCAUGAGCAUUUUCCUGAGCGGCGAUAAAAAGAUUUGGCUCACCCUCAUACUUUCUGCCACCUUUUUUGGCCUGGUUCUGGGAGAAUUCUCUUGGAUUCGUGACUUCCGUGGACUAACCCAACACUCGAAAUUACUCUGGGGGGAUUGGACGCGUUUGGUGGAGCCUGGAAAGAGAUUGAUGGUGGCAGACAAGGGCUUUCUUGGAAUGGUGGACGACGGUGCGGAGAAGGGCGAUAUGCUCUUUUAUCUGGUAGGUUGUUCGCCACCGGUGGUUUUGAGGGAGGUCCAAGGAGACAGAGACGGAGGUAGGGAUAGGAGAAGGUAUGAAGUCGUGGGGAAAUGCUACAUUCAUUUCACCAAAAAGGAUCAGGAAGAAUACCUGGGAUCUAAAGCACCUCGUUCGCCCGAAACGGCGAGUGGCCGCUUGAGAUAUGAAAGACUUAAAGAAGAGUGGGUGACGAAGCUAAAGAAGAAGGGAGCCUGGGAGGAAAUUGAUUCAGAUUUGAUGACGCUCUUCCUCGCUAGAAAUAGGCUGGAUGGAUAA